UCCCGGGUCGAGGGUCGAGCGGGCCGAGGGUCCCUGAACGGGCCGGAGCAUCUCGGCUGUGCCACGAUGUCGAUGUCGCACUUGUACGGCACGGACGGAGACGAUGGCGUGGAGAUGGAGAGCUUCGAGGUGUCGGACUGGGACCUGCAGAACGAAUUCAACCCGCACCGGCAGCGGCACCGCCAGACCAAGGAGGAGGCGACCUACGGCGUGUGGGCCGAGCGCGAUUCGGACGAGGAGCGGCCCAGCUUCGGCGGGAAGCGCUCCAGGGAUUACUCGGCCCCCGUGAGCUUUGUCAGUGCUGGGCUGAGGAAGGCGGCGGCCGAGGAGCUCUCGGACGAAGAUUCCGAUGACGAUGAGAAGCCUGUGAAGCAGGAGGAGAUUCCCAAGGAGUUUGUGCCCAAGAAGUUAAAAACAGGUGGAAAUUUCAAGCCCAGCCAGAAAGGCUUUGCAGGAGGCUCCAAGUCCUUCGUGGAUUUUGGCAGCUGGGAGAGACACACUAAAGGAAUUGGGCAGAAGCUUCUCCAGAAGAUGGGAUACGUCCCUGGAAGGGGUCUGGGGAAGAAUGCUCAAGGAAUCAUCAAUCCCAUCGAGGCCAAGCAGAGGAAAGGCAAAGGUGCUGUGGGUGCUUACGGCUCCGAGAGGACCCCGCAGUCUUUGCAGGACUUCCCUGUGGUGGACUCAGAAGAGGAAACUGAGGAGGAAUUUCAAAAGGAGCUCAGCCAGUGGCGGAAGGACCCAAAUGGAGGCAAGAAAAAGCCCAAGUACAGCUACAAGACAGUGGAAGAACUGAAAGCCAAGGGCAGGAUCAGGAAGCAGCUUGCAGCCCCUCAGAAGGAGCUGUCCCAGGUCAAGGUGAUCGACAUGACGGGCCGGGAGCAGAAGGUUUAUUACAGCUACAGCCAGAUCAGCCACAAGCACAACAUCCCAGAUGACAGCCCCCAGCAGCCCCUGGGCAAGGACUCCAAGCCCCAGGGCUUUGCCCUGCCCGAGCUGGAGCACAACCUGCAGCUGCUCAUCGACAUCACGGAGCAGGAGAUCAUCCAGAGCGACCGGCAGCUGCAGUACGAGAGGGACAUGGUGGUCAACCUGAGCCACGAGAUCCAGAAGAUGGCUGAGGUGCUGUCCCACGAGGAGAAAGCCAUCAGCAACCUCAGCAAGGUGCUGGACAUGGUGGAGGAGUGUGAGAGGCGGAUGCAGCCGGGCUGUGAGAACCCUCUGACCCUGGAUGAAUGUGCAAAGAUCUUUGAGACCCUGCAGGACAAGUACUACGAGGAGUACAGGAUGUCAGACAGGGUGGAUCUGGCAGUGGCCAUAGUUUAUCCUCUCAUGAAGGAAUACUUCAAGAACUGGGAUCCCCUCAAGGACUGUACAUAUGGCACAGAGAUCAUAGCCAAGUGGAAAAGCCUUCUGGAAAACGAUCAGCUAUUAUCCCACAGUGGGCAGGACUUGUCAACAGAUGCUUUUCACAGACUGAUGUGGGAGAUCUGGAUGCCAUAUGUCAGAAACAUCGUGGCGCGGUGGCAGCCAAGGAACUGUGGAUCCAUGGUGGAUUUCUUGGAUAGCUGGGUGAACGUUGUUCCUGUGUGGAUACUGGAUAACAUCCUGGAUCAGCUCAUCUUCCCCAAGCUGCAGAAGGAGGUGGAGAGCUGGAACCCACUGACGGACACGGUGCCGAUCCACUCGUGGAUCCACCCCUGGCUGCCGCUGAUGCAGGCGCGGCUGGAGCCGCUGUACUCGCCCAUCCGCAACAAGCUGGCCAAUGCCCUGCAGAAGUGGCACCCCAGCGACUCCUCUGCCAAGCUCAUCCUUCAGCCCUGGAAGGAUGUGUUCACUCCUGGCUCCUGGGAGGCUUUCAUGGUCAAGAACAUCGUGCCUAAACUCGGAAUGUGUCUGAAUGAGCUCAUCAUUAACCCCCACCAGCAGCACAUGGAUGCCUUUUACUGGGUGAUUGACUGGGAGGGGAUGAUUUCUGUCUCCAGCCUGGUUGGGCUGCUGGAGAAACACUUCUUCCCAAAGUGGCUGCAGGUGCUCUGCUCUUGGCUCAGUAACAGCCCCAACUACGAAGAGAUCACCAAGUGGUACCUGGGCUGGAAGUCCAUGUUCUCAGACCAGGUGCUGGCACAUCCCUCCAUCAAAGACAAGUUCAAUGAAGCCCUUGACAUCAUGAACCGGGCUGUGUCCUCCAGUGUAGGUGGGUACAUGCAGCCGGGUGCCCGGGAGAACAUCGCGUACCUGACGCACACGGAGCGGCGCAAGGACUUCCAGUACGAGGCCAUGCAGGAGCGGCGCGAGGCAGAGAACAUGGCCCAGCGUGGCAUCGGCGCCGCCGCCGGCUCCGUGCCCAUGAACUUCAAGGAUCUCAUCCAGACCAAGGCUGAGGAGCACAACAUCGUCUUCAUGCCCGUCAUUGGGAAGCGGCACGAGGGCAAGCAGCUCUACACCUUCGGCAGGAUCGUCAUCUACAUCGACCGGGGAGUGGUGUUCGUGCAAGGGGAGAAGACCUGGGUGCCCACCUCGCUGCAGAGCCUCAUCGACAUGGCCAAGUGAGGCAGCUGGGUGCCCACCUCGCUGCAGAGCC